AUGUCGGAAGUGUUCCUACCAAGGGAACUCCUAGAGCUCCAGGUAGGCCAAGUCGACCUCCUACAGGCUAUGUACGCCUCGGACUCGGCCGUAUGGAUGGACGAAUCAUCAUCACAUCUCCUCGAGGCAUUGCGGGAAUGGUGCGAGGGCGCAGACGCAGACAAGGCUCUGCCGCCAGAUCUAAGCAGCAGCAGAACGGGCACAGGAAAGGCAAUACCCCUUGUCCUCACCCUUUUCCUACCCAACAGGCCAGAGUGCUCCCUCCAGCUCGACGUGUCGGUACCCCUGGUGUACUCGGGUCCAUGUCCGCCCGUGGAACCUCCGAGGCCGACCAUCCGGCUUCGUCAGCCGGGGUGGCUCAGCAAGGCCGAGACGGCGCGGUUGACGGGCAAGAUUCCAGGCAGCCGUGACGGCGGUGACGCCGACGAUGACGCCGACGCCGAUGGUGACCUGCUCUCUGCCAUAGACCGUGUCAUGUCCGAAGCUGAAACGCUCGCCGUCGAAGCCGAGUCGCAUCGCCAAGCUGCCACUUCCCAAGCCGGACCUGGCUACGCCGCCAACGAUCUCUCGCGGAUAUGGUUCUACUUCCCCUCCAUCAGCACGCGCGCCAAGCGUGACGACAUUGUCAACCACGCGCCUACCUAUGGCCUGACGGGUUUCCUCCUGGCGGGGAAACCGGGGAUGCUGUGCCUGGAGGGCUCGUCGCGAGCCGUCUACGACUAUAUGAGCUUCAUCAAGACGGAGAGCUGGAGCGACAUUCCGCCGCAGCACAAGAAGGUCUCGGAGCGCUACCGUGAGACAGCGGCGCCUGACGCCCCGGUGACGCGUGCGUUCGACUCCAUGACAGAAAUCACGGACCUGUUCGAAGACAAUCGGAGGGGUGUCCGCGCCAACCGUAAUGACAUGAGAGCCUUGGAGACGUGGAUGACUGACCACGGUGUCGGUCACGCCUUUGAGCACGUCUUCAUCUAG